AACUAAUUAUAUAGUAUCACUAGAAAGCAACAGGAAAAUUAUACCAAGGAUUAAGAAGCAAAGAGAUAUUGCAGUAUCGGGUCAAAAUUGGGCGCUAUUUCUCGGGUCUACUGUAAUCGUCGCCGGUCAGCUUCCGUCGGUGUUCCGGUCACCUUGUUAGGUGAAUUUGAGCUUUCUUUCUCAUCAAGACAUCUAUUCCAAUUCAAAGACUGGGAAUUCUAGUGUAUGGCUUCUAGGCGGAAUAUUAAUUACAGUCGUCUCGCUGUGGAUGAUGAUGACGACUAUUAUGGAUAUUCUGGCAAGCGAGCUGACCCUAGAUUUGAUUAUUCACCAAAAUCGUUAGAUAGAAUCCCCUGGAAGUCCAUUGCCCUUGCUCUUUUUCUGCUCUUUCUGGGAUGUUUGCUUCUCUUACUAUCCUACUUCAUCUUAUCUGGUCAUAUGGAAGGAGAGAGUUCCCAGGCAUAUGGUCUCCUUGGACUCGGAAUCCUCACUUUUCUCCCUGGUUUCUAUGAGACGCGUAUUGCAUAUUACUCUUGGAGAGGUGCUCAAGGUUAUCGAUUUACUGCAAUCCCUGACUAUUGAGGUUUUCACAUUUCAUGUAAACGCUAAAUGUAGUUACUAGCUUCUGUAAUGAGCUUUAUGAUAGUUUUUAUUGUAACACACAUUGCCCUAUACAUUUCGAAUAACAUCUGAAUGUAGUUACUGGUUUUCAUAAUGAGUUCGAGUUUGAUGAGUUUGCAGCAUU